CUGUCGGCACGCGGCUGAGAAAGAGAGAGAGCAGACGGCUGUCCCCGCGCAGCGACCGCCGACCGACACAACAAGAAAGCAGCGUGCCAGGUAUCAUGACGCACCAAAAAAUGUUGCCACUCGCCUGGACUUUUCUCCCUGACUCCGCCAUGUGACUGUGCCCACGCUGUUUUAAGUCGACUUUUUGGAUGGAGCCGCCAUAUGAGACUUGUGCGUCAUCCGGUCCUGUUUGUCAUCUGUGUCCUGCGUUUCACGUUGUUGUCAGUGUUUGAUGAUGUCAUUAUUUAUUCCAGAUGGAUCUGCGCUCCGCCGCUGCGUCGAGUCCCUUUAAAGUGUGAGGAGACUCGCUCCGCAAACGUGCGUCCCCCUGCUCCACAAACUUGGACCGCUGCCUCUGUUUGUGGCGAACACAAUCCAGCCCUGCAAACCCUCUGUGGCUGCCGGGUGGACGGCGGUGUGACACAGCAAAGGGGACUUUAACGCCGAGAACUAUUACUUCACUAUCACUAAAUCAACUUUUCCUCUGCGGAUGAAGGUUUGUUUGUCCGGUCUGUGUGUCAGUGCGCCCGGCAUAACUGGACCAAGCACAUCUCUUUCAUUCAUCGGUGUAUUAAAUAUUUCAUCUGGACUAAUUUGACCAAUCCAAAAAAAAAAAAAAACCAAACCAAGGAAGAUCCGACUUGAAAGGGAUGCGCAAGCGAGCAUGAUGCUCAGCUUUCUUACCUGCUGUUGUUGCUGACGCACAUUGGGAGAGAAAUGGCAUUGUGAACUAUGUGGAGUCAUCCCUGAGUACCGAGUCGCUGCUCUCCGCGGGUGUAUGGAGAAGAGCAGCCAGAGGAUGACGGGCGGACCCCGGGAGACGCCGGUGAACUCCUCGCCGGCGGUGGCGGCCAACGCGGAGGGCGAGGAAAUAGAGGUUUUGGAAAGCACCGACGUCCUCCCCGUGGCUCCAGAGGACCAAUGGAAGUCUUUGUUUGACAAGUAUGACCCAGACAGUUCGGGCUUCAUUAGUACGGAACGGUUCAGGGACCUUCUGGCGACCCACGGCUCUGAACUAGACCCCCACAAACUGGAAGUCCUAUUGGCCCUGGCUGAUGGCAACGCCGAUGGAAAGAUCUGCUACCAAGACUUUGUCAACCUGAUGAGUAACAAGCGAUCCAACAGUUUCCGGAGGGCCAUUCUGCAGGGGAGCAGGCAGCUAAAAGGCUGCAGUCUCAGAGAUGAGGUAGGCUUGGGGCUUUCUCAGCGACUGGUCCGGCACGUUGCCUACGAGACGCUCCCCCGCGAGGUUGACCGCAAGUGGUACUUUGACAGCUACACCUACUGCCCCCCACCCUGGCUCAUCCUGGCUAUCACCAUUGCUGAGGUAGCCGUGUUCAUGUACUAUGGCUUCCAGCUGGACCGCUUGGUCCUGCAGGUGUCCAGCCCGUCCUUCCUAAAGAGCCCCUUACCUUACCACCCCCAGCUCCGAGCCCAGGCCUGGCGGUACCUCAGCUACAUUUUCAUGCACACUGGGAUUGAACACCUGACCCUGAACAUGGCCAUGCAGCUGCUGGUGGGAGUUCCUCUUGAAAUGGUCCACGGAGCCCUGCGGAUCGGACUGGUCUACGUGUGUGGCGUGCUGGCAGGAUCUCUGGCAGUUUCUGUCACCGAUAUGACGGCUCCAGUGGUCGGAUCAUCUGGUGGCGUAUACGCUCUGGUCUCAGCACAUUUGGCCAAUGUAGUAAUGAAUUGGUCAGGAAUGAAGUGUCAGUUCAAGUUAUUCCGGAUGGCCAUGGCUCUGGUCUGCAUGAGUGUGGAGUUUGGUCGGGCAGUGUGGCUGCGGUUCUACCCUCCGGCCUUCCCUCCGUGCCCCAAUCCCAGCUUCGUAGCUCAUUUAGGAGGGGUGGUGGUUGGUCUGACGCUGGGUGUGGUGGUCCUCCAAAACUACGAGCAGCGCCUCCAGGAGCAGUCACUGUUUUGGAUCUUCUUCUGUGUCUAUACCUUGUUUGUGCUCUGUGCUGUCUUCUGGAACAUCUUUGCAUACAGCUUGCUCGACGUGCGACUGCCUCCGCCACCGUGACCUGCUUAUUGGAGGCAGACAAGACACUGUAUCCCCUUUGUUCCUCCAUAGGUAGAUGCUUGACCGCCUGGCUGGGUGAGUCAACUCAGCCCCCAUAUUCGGAGCUUCAUCGCAGGGUGAUCAGAGUUGUCUGACAGCCACUAUCCUCCUGCAUCCAGUGCUCUGAUGCAGCGAGGAACCUGACAUGCAUCAGCCCUUGCUGCCGCUCCCAUCAUACCUUUCUCAGCCCACCUGCUACCUUUUUCGGGUUAAGCCUUACCAUCAUUCCCGCUUACCAUGCAAGCUAACCUCCAUCUGCCCUUUGUCUACAUUUCUGCUGGACGUUUGUCUCAAGAGUAUCAGCCAGUGAGAUGUUUGUUGGCAACACUUGUGUUGGUAAAUGAGAAGCCUCGGAUCUAACACAACAGGAACAAGCAGGAGCAGUCCUGUCCACAUGGCUCAGCCUUCUCUGCCUCUUCCUCAAUCCAAUGGUGCCUUCUCACGGAGACGUCAGCCUGAUGAAAGUAUUUCUGCACAGUUGCCUCUUGUGUAGGGUGACAGCAGUAAAACCCUGCAGUACAAACCAUUUUCAGGCAGAGAAGUUCCUAAAAAUCCUGUAAUCUGUCUGCACCCUCAUCAUCCGUUAAUAAAGAGCAAGGUCAUAUGAGAAUUUAGGCUUAGUUGGUGUUUUGUCAUCGUUGCAAGCAGCUCAUACGCAUGAGAGGUUUAGAUUAAGCAGACAGCGGGAUAUAGAGAGAGCAUGGAGUAUAUAGUCUACAGCCACCUUCAAUAGUUGUUAUGAAUUUACCUUUGAGGGAAAGUGUGGGUUACUAUUCAGUGUUGCCUUCAGCAUUUGGCACUUCCCCAGAGAAGGAUUAAUUUGUGUUCAGCUUCGUUUGAACCUCAAACUUGUGUCUUUUACUUUUUGUGUGUGUGACAAUUGUACCAUUGUGUGUACAUAUAAAAAAGAAGCAGAAGUGCCAUUCAGACUUUAAGCUUUCAAAAAUGAUGCCAAAACAUUGCUAUGCGCACCAGGGGAAAAGCACGUACCCUUACAAGAAUUACUUUUGCGUAAAAAAGAUGAAAUAUAAUUUUGUGUGUAAGGAGUCAGUCGAAUGUAACAGAAAAUGUUCAUGAUCUUUAAAGAAUCUCUCACUGACACCCUUGGGACAACCCAGAGAUGCAGUCAAAUUCUUGUAUUUUCUUUUGUCCUCUCAGGGCAUUUGCAGAGAAAUUUGCAAUGGAGUGACUUUUAUUUAUUGAUUGGUGAGUUGGUAAAUUAAGAACAGUGGGAUUAAACUAAGAAAAAACAUUCACUAAUGAGGACAGCUGGGCCAUUCUGAAUAAAUCUAGAAUUUUCUAAAACCAAGCAUAGAAGAGGACACAUGCCUGACCUCGACUACAUCCGGGCCGGGGUUGUCUCACUCUCUCAUCAGGAGGCAGCGAGGGCAAGAAAUAAAUCAAUGCUCUCUCAUUAGUUCCUGUCACAAAAGAAAUUGUUAAUUGAUCGAACCAGGAUAGAAAAUGACCCCAGCCCUGAGCUGUAAGUCUCAAACUGUACUGUACUUUAACCUCAUGUUACACUGGUAACUGCUUCGCACAAACAUUAUUAUGAUGUAAUUAUAUACAGCUUAAUAUUUUAACAUGCAUUUGCUGUUGAUUUCUUUUUUACUUGGUGAUAUUGGUAUGUUGUGUAAAUUGUUUGGUCGGUCUGCAUUGUGAUGUGUUAGCUAUAUCCUGUAUGUAUCCUAUUUAAAAAUUGGUUAAAGAUGGUCUGGGGUUGUACAUAAUAAGGGCUAUGACACAAAAAUGAGUGAGGGGUAAAUCGCUGAUAAUAUUUUAACAUUGUGCAUAUUUUGUAGAUUUGAUAUGUACAUACUUGAGUACAUUAAACAGUUUUAUACAGAAACAAAA